GGCAAAGUAACAAGUAUCUUGCAGUUAUCCAUUCAGUGGGGUGACUAUAAAAAGAGAAAACUCCAUCAAAUUUCAGACAAAAAUAGGAGAAGGUCUAUUCAAAAGAAGAAAAAAAAAAAGAUACGAAAAUGGACUCCCCCAACAACGACCUGUACACCCUCGAGGCAAACCUGGUGAGCAAGUCGCUCCGGGAACUGACAGAUGGCGCCGACAAGGAUCCCAUCACCAAGCUGCGACUGCUAUGCUUUAGCCGCGGAGCAACAGGCAUUCUGGGCCUGGGCAGAGCCUUUCGCGCGAUGGACGACGACGGCAGCAAGGCGCUCAACGAGGAGGAGUUCACCACCGGGAUCAAGGACACCGGCCUGGACGUCACGGGGGAGGAGAUCAAGCAGAUGUUUGGCACAUUCGAUGAGGAUGGCAGCGGUUCCAUCAAUAUGACUGAGUUCCUGCUCAAGCUGCGCCCUCCGAUGCCACAAUGCCGCCUGACCAUCAUCGAUCAGGCCUUUGACAAAAUGGAUCGUGACGAUGAUGGCGUUAUAACAAUUGAGGAUCUUAAGAACGUGUACUCGGUGAAGGAGCACCCAAAGUACCAGAGCGGUGAGAAGAGCGAGGACGAGAUCCUUACCGACUUCCUGCACAACUUUGAGGGUGGCCGUGGCAACCUUGAUGGCAAGAUUACUCGAGAGGAGUUUGUCAACUAUUACGCCACCAUCAGUGCCUCCAUUGACAACGACAUGUAUUUCGACCUGAUGAUGCGCCGGGCCUAUGCAAUGUGAAAAUAUAUCUCUGGAGACACCAAAACACAAGCACUCUCAAUCACUUUUAUAGCAUUUAGUCCAACUCAUGCUCUAUUUAUACACUGCUCAGCAAAUAAAUAAAAAGCUCUUGUUGCAAUUAGAUAAA